AGAAUGUCUUCUGGACUGCUUGCUGAUAAGGAACAUUAGAAAACAAGGCUGGCAUCUGUCAAAUGGGGUUCUCCCUCCAUUUCUCUCUACACACCUUUCCUUUUGGGGGAGAAGAAGAGAAGAAUAGCAUGAAAAGUGCAAAAUGUUUCAAAUUCCUGUUCAAAAUCUUGAUAACAUCAGGAAGGCUCGGAAAAAGGUGAAGGACAUUCUUGUGGAUCUUGGCCUUGACAGCUGCAGGGAAUUGUUGAAGAGUCUUAAAAGUUUUGAUCCAGGUGAAAUUCACUUUUGUAACACUUCAUGGAGUGAUGUCUCUCCUUGGGAGCCUGUGGGCAAAAGAAAGAGAUACAGGACAAAGCCCUACUGCUGUAGCUUAUGCAAGUUCUCCUCAAAAUUACUCACUACAUACAAGAAUCACUUACAUCGUUACCAUGAGGAUGAAAUGGACCAGGAGAUGGUGGUUCCUUGCCCAAAGUGUGCAUUUUCUUCUCAUUCGAAAGUCGUGAGAAAACAUAUCCAAAUGUUUCAUUCACCUAAUAAAAGAACACAGAACUAUACAGUCAGCAUUUUGGAUGGCAUGAAACAAUUCAGAAGUGACAUCAUAAACUUCACGUGUCUAAAAUGUCACUUUACAGACACAUUGUUUUACAAUAUGAAGAAACACGUGCUGAUAAACCAUUUUAAAAACUUAAUAAGUAUAUAUUUUGGUGAGAAACCUGAUGAAAGUACAGAAAAUUCUGUUGAGUACUACUGUAAAAAAUGUGAUGCUUCUGCAAACAGCCCAGAUUGUUUAAUGUAUCAUGUCUUGACAGCUGAUACACACAGAGACCUGGAGAACAAACUUCGGUCCCUGAUUUCGGAACAUAUUAAGAAGCCUGGACUUGUGAAACAGAUGUGUGUUGCUAUGAAGCCUGCCCAAGGUGUGGCAGCGACUGCUCCAUCUGCAGGGCCUGCUGUUGUCCCAGCAAGUUCCAUCACACCUCCUGCUUGCAUCCAGCUUGCAUUUCCACAGAACAAUCAAACCCAGGGCACGGUGCAGCCAAAAGCAGUUCAGAACACAGUCGGACCGCUGACCAUUCCAAGUGCCUCUGGUAGCCUUCCGCAUACAACUUCUGCUACAGUUGUUACGCCGUCGCACGUCACUCUGGUACCUGGCAAUCCUCCUGUAGGUCAGAGCAAUGUUGGCAUUCAGCUGCCACCUCCCCAGCCUAUCAUUGUUUCUCAUGGGCUCCCUCUUAAUCAUUCUGUUGGGACCAUAAAUAGACCUGUGGCCUCUGCAGUUAUUCCUCUUAAUCAGCCUGUCAGGCCUGGGCUCUUUCCUGUUAAUCAGUCCAUCGGUACUAUAAAUGGUCCAGUUCCAGCUGGAGCGCUGUCUGUUCCUCAGCCUGUCAGCCCUGUGAAUCGACCAGUUGCACCAGGAGUCCUUCCUGUGAAUCAACCAGUUUCACCAGGAGUUCUCUCUAUCAACCAGUCGCUUGGGAACACGAAUAGACCCAUUAAUUCCAAGGUCCUUCCAGUGACGCAGACAGUUGCAUCUGGUGUUCUCCAGCUUAAUCAGCCUGUUGCCUCUGGGGUGGUUCCUGUCAGACAGCCUGUCAGACCUGGGUUCUUCCAGCUUAAUCAGCCUGUUGCCCCAGCAGUUAUCCCAGUGAAUCAGCCAGUUCAGCCUCCAGUUUCUCAAAGCCCAACAUUUUUGACUGCAGGUUCUAUACUGAGGCAGUUGAUUCCCACUGGUAAGCAGGUUAAUGGGAUACCUACAUACACGCUGGCCCCAGUUUCAGUUACUUUGCCUGUACCUCCUGGUGGUGGAGUGGCAACUGUCACGCCCCCACAGGUGCCCAUUCAGCUCAUGCAGUCUGGGUCAGUGACUCAGCUGACACAGCCACUGACCUGUGCUCCCUCUUCUCCUGUGGUUCUGGCAUCUCAGAAUAUAGCAUUACAGGCUGCCCCACCUGGCCCUGAAACAAGCCAGGCUGUCAGGCAGGCCAAGCAGUGGAAGACUUGCCCUGUUUGCAACGAGCUUUUCCCAUCGAAUGUCUAUGAAGUGCACAUGGAGGUGGCUCACAAACCACAUGAAGUAAAAGUGGAAAUUCCGGAGGCUGACAAGCUCGCAGCUUGCGCACCCUUUCUGAGGAUGACGGAGAAGGCGAUCCGGUGUUAUGCUUGUAAAUGUUUUCUCUGUGAGGAGGAGCUCAUGAAACAUCUCUUCAUGCAUGGCUUAUCUUGCUUGUUUUGCACAGGUACUUUCUAUGACUUACAAAGCCUGUUGAUGCACAAUAAAACUGCACACAAUGGGAGAAAGCAGUUACAUGCACACUAUAGCAACAGAGGGUUUCAGCUAGGUAACGACGCUCAGGGCAGCCUUGUGUUUCCGCACUUCGAUUUCAAUACAGUGUUACCAAAGGAAGACAUGGGCGAAAAAGAAGUUCAUUUGGCAGUACUUGUUGGAAUCAAUUCGAGGAUUCUUGUCCCUGUUUACAUCAAAGUGAAACCUCAGAUAGGAGAAGCAAACAGGAGAUGCACAAGGAAAGUGUUUACCUGUCCCUUUUGCCUUGGGUCCUUUGCCGGUAAAGAAACCUAUGAAAAGCAUUUGAAGGAGAGGCAUCAUAUAAUGCCAACUGUACAUACGAUUUUAAAGUCCCCUGCUUUCAAGUGCAUCCACUGUUGUGGUGUGUACACUGGAAAUAUGACUCUAACAGCUAUUGCUGUGCAUUUGCUCCGUUGUAGAAGUGCUCCCAAAGAUACUAACUCAAGCCUGAAGAUGGAGCUUGAGCGUACCGAGAGGAAAGAGCUACUCUUUGUGAAUGGUGAAAAGCACGAUCCUGUGAUACUGAAAAGAAAGCAGUCGGAUUCCUGCUUUGUUGCAGAAGACCAAAGGAAUAAGGAACAGCAGCCUCUGAGCAUAACUACUGGCAUAGCUCUAUCUCCAGAGACAGAGAUGAAUUCAGGGGUAGUGCCUUUCAAACGGCAGAAGCUUAGGACCGAGAUGAGGAAGGUGACUUGUGGUGAAGAUCUUCGCUUUCUAGCGAUAGAUCCUAAUCAGUAUGAUCACAAUUCAUACGAGGAUCAAACCCAGUUUUUGUCAGACUACUUUCACAAGAGGCCAUAUCCUUCUAAAAAAGAGGUGGAGUUACUCUCCUUGCUGCUAUAUGCGUGGAAGAUCGAUGUUGCAUCAUUCUUUGGGAAAAGGAGGAAUAUGUGCUUAAAGGCGAUAAAAAGUCAGAGACCAUCUGUGCUGCUGGGUUUCAGUAUGUCUGAACUAAAAAAGGUCAAGCACAGUUUGAGUAUAAAAGAUGACACCUUAGAGAUGUAA